AUGAUGAACUUUAUUCUCUAUGUCUGCGCUUUCUUAGCAGCUUUUAAGGGCGUCCAAGCUGGUUUCGACCCAAAGAGCCACAGUAAUCUCGCUGUGUACUGGGGCCAAAACUCCUUUGGCAAGCCUGAAGAAGAGGGUGGUCAGAAGCGUUUAGGAUUCUACUGUGAACAUCUACCUGAAGUUGAUGUUUUUAUGAUUGCUUUCGUUACCAGCAUCAUGCGUAGCCCAGGCGAAUUACCCAAUGUCAAUUUUGCUAAUGCUGGAAAUAACUGUACCCAGAUUCCUGGAACUGAAAGAAUGAAGUGCCCACAGAUUGCUGAGGAUAUUAUUAAAUGCCAGAAUCUUGGAAAGACGAUUCUCAUAUCUCUUGGAGGUGCUACCUACGAUGAGGGUGGUUUUCCUGAUCCUCCUACUGCAAGGGCUGCAGCAUUAAUACUGUGGCAGUUAUUCGGGCCUGUAAAUCACUCUAGUCAUUUGGUUGACUAUCGCCCAUUCUUGAACGCUGUUAUCGAUGGUUUCGACCUUGACUUUGAAAAUCAACAAAUGCGCAACCUGGUCCCUUUUGCAAGCGAACUACGCCGUCUAUUUCUCACAGACCCAUCAAAGACCUAUCUUCUGACGGUCGCCCCGCAGUGUCCUUACCCCGAUCGCGCUAAUAACGAGUUGUUGAUAGGUCCCGUUCACAUUGAUGCGGUCUUCGUCCAGUUCUAUAACAAUUAUUGUGGUGUUAAUCACUUUUUCCCUUUAGCUCAUGAACAGCCCGACUUUAACUUCGAUACGUGGGAACUAUGGGCCAAGACCAUCUCCAACAACUCUGAUGUCAAAGUCUUCAUGGGUGUUCUUGGUAGCAAAGGUGCUGGUAACGGGUUUGUGCCAGCUUUCUUCAUUGGUACGAUCAUUAAUUAUAUACUCGAGCAUGGCUGGACCUCCUUUGGUGGUGUCAUGGUAUGGGAUGUCAGCCAGGCAUUUCCCAAUCCUAGAUUCAUAUCUGAAGUUCGCUCUUCUCUGCCGCCUAGACCACCAACUCCUACCACGACCACUACCUCCACUACGACAACUACUUCAACUUCAACUCCCCCCGCUACGACAACUACUUCAACUCCAACUCCUCCCGCUACGACAACUACUUCGAAGGAAUCCACGAUUACUACUACCACCACUUCAACUGCUUCAAGCACCACCUGGCCCGUGCCAGGUGGCCCCUGCCCUACCGAUGGAGUCCAUGCCUGCGCUGGUAACAGUUUUGGUGUCUGCAACCAUGGCAGUUGGGUUGUCCGGGCCUGUCCCCCUGGACUAAUUUGCAUCCAGGCCGGACCCGGAGUUUACUGUGAUCGUCCUGGUGCUGCUCAACCAGUGUACUAA